AAAAUGGAGUUGGAGAAUACCACUGUGAAAACUGAAUUUUUUCUCCUAGGAUUUAGUCACCUCCCACAACUUCAAAGUCUUCUUUUUAUGGUAUUUUUUUCUAUCUAUUUUGUAACACUGCUGGGGAACCUUGGGAUGAUUUUGUUGAUCACAAUCAGUUCCCACUUGCACACCCCAAUGUACUUUUUCCUCUGCAUCCUGUCCUUUGUAGAUGCAUGCUACUCUUCUGUCAUUGCCCCCAAACUACUUGUGAACUUGGUUUCUGACAAGAAGACCAUUUCUUAUAAUGGCUGUGCCACACAACUCUAUUUUUUCUGCUCUUUGGUUGAUACAGAAUCUUUCCUGUUGGCUGCCAUGUCUUAUGACCGAUACAUCGCAAUCUGCAACCCAUUGCUUUACACCGUUAUUAUGUCCAAGAGAGUCUGUUGCCAGUUGGCAAUUGGAGCAUUUUUAGGGGGCACGAUGAGUUCAAUUAUUCACACUACGAACACCUUCCAUUUGUCUUUCUGUUCCAAAGAAAUUGACCAUUUCUUUUGUGAUAUCUCCCCACUCUUCUCUCUGUCCUGCACUGAUACUUAUGUGCAUGACAUUAUUUUGGUGGUCUUUGCUAGUUUGGUGGAAGCUAUAUGCCUUCUCACAGUUCUCCUCUCUUAUGUCUGCAUCAUAGUGGCUAUUCUGAAAACAGGUUCUGCUGAAGGAAGAAGAAAAGGGUUCUCCACUUGUGCUUCCCACCUGAUUGUAGUCACUAUUUAUCAUGGCACCUUGAUCUUCAUUUAUCUGCGCCCCAGCACAGGUCAUUCAAUGGAUACAGACAAAGUGACCUCUGUGUUCUAUACAUUGAUUAUACCUAUGUUGAAUCCCUUUAUUUACAGUCUAAGGAACAAAGAUGUCAAAAGUGCCUUUAGAAAAAUGAUUAGCAGAAAAUUAUUUUCUUAG